CAUCACUGUGAAGUUGCACUUGCCAUCACUUAGCCAACUAGAACUUACUGGAUUACAUCAUUUUGUGGUGAUGCUACAGCUGUAAUCGUGUUUUGUCGCUUGACACAAUCGACCGUUGAAAGCAGAAUGGAGGUAUCAAGGAGAAGAAUCCUCCAAAAACAUCUGGAGCCAGCGAGACCACUACGUCGCUGCAUCCAUGUUGAUAUCGAGCCCCAAAUAAGUGCUGCUACAUGUGCACAGACACUGAUGGAGGUAAUGGAUCAAGAGACAAAUGUUGACAUAGAGCAGUUCUACAAGAUUAUCAACCUCCACAAACAGAAAGAAGGCAGAAUAUCUUACACAAGAGAUUUUUUAAUUGGUUUGGCAAGUUGUCCUGAGGCCAGGAAGAAGCCGGAGUUCUUGCCAGAGCACCCCAUAGUCUUAACCAAGGCGAGAGAUCCUGAGCACCUAAGGUUUCAUGAAACGAUGUGGAAUGGGGAAAAAGGAGACAUGUUGGCAGAAAAGCUUCACUCACCUUAAAAAAAUUGCACUGUUCACUGUUUACCAUGAAGAGUGUUUCUGUUUUUUUUUUUUUUUUUCUAAUUGCUAUUCGUGUUUAAUUUAAUUUAAAUUGUGUGAUUUUAAUUUGCAUGUUUAUUAUUUUGAAUGAGACUGAUAACAGUGUGGGGUGAAGUUGCACAAAGUCAAAUGACUAAACCUUGCUUUAUUUGCUGAGGUGUGAGCAUUGCAUUUUUGCUUCCUUUUUCUGCUGUGUAGUGAAGUAUUUAUAUUUUGUAAAAAAGAAAAAAGAAAAGAAAAAGAAAAUCUAGUCAUAAAAUAUUUAUGGCUACUUUCCAGCUGUGCAGGUUGUCAUAUGUAGUUAAUCACUCAUGUGAUGACAAAAAGGUGUCAGUAAUGUUCGACAAGGCCAGUAUUGAUUAAGGUUACAGAGGUCAAUAAAGUUUUGGACUUCAUGCUAGCAACAUCA